AUGGAGGGGAAUAUACCCGAACGCCGUCGCAAGCUGAUGACGUACGGGAAAUCAUCGAAGAAGCAGAUCCAACACAUGAAUAAGACCAUAAAAUCUCAGUCGCCACAGAGCGCUCCCAUUGCAGGCUCCAGAAAUGGCUUUGGCGAAAGUUCCCAACUUCGGCCUCAAAUACAGUCGCAACCACAAACACCGGAAAUGGGCCAUCACAGUCGCGAAAGGCAUCCCGCUCCCAAGAAGCUAAGACAUACCUCAAGUCAUAGUUCCGAGGAGAGGGCGACGAAUGCUUGUGAACAUGCUUCUUCUAGUGACGAUAGGCAGCAAAACCCGAGGACUCCAAAGAGACGUAGAACAUUGACCGGAAAUCAGGAGCACAUACUUCAGAAGGAUGGCGUCUUCAGCUCAGCUACUCCUUAUGCUUCUCCGAAAAGGCGACACAACACUCUUGGAGCUUUUGGUGUUCAAUCGAAUGAGUUAGAAUCUAGUGUUCGCAGCAGAUUAUCAUUCACCGAGACAAAAAGCACAAGAGGUCUGGAAAUUUCUGCUGAACCAGAAAGCGCCUCCCAGAAGUCAUCUGCUGGGUACCUGGUUUCAUCGAAGACUUCUGAUAUCGAAUUCGAACCAGAUGGUCUCGAAUCGACGACGUCUCCUUUGCGUCACGACUAUCCAUACCGAGAAAGGAGUUCUAACAUGCACAAAAACAUAGGCCCCGAUGAUGGUUAUUUGGUGUCUCGACAGCAAUUGUCAGAUCUAACAUGCCCAGACCAUUCUGAACUAUCCAUAUACUAUUCCCUGUCAACCCCCAUGUCAUCUGGAGAUAUUGUUGCUAAACGUCAAGAUGGCUCUUCUACCCGUAGGAGACUGGUAGACUCCUUAGGUAUACAUGAUCCCAUUGGAGCGAACAAAUCUAGUGACUCUGAUGAGAAUUAUGAACUGCCCACGUCAUCCCAGGCUUCUGACACAGCUCGGGAUGAUGUUCCAACUGAACGCCGUCAGUCCCUUGAAUUGCGUCAUAAAAAAGCUGACCGAAUCGCGAAUACAAGUCUUUCAUCUCAGUCCAGCGGUUCAAAGAUUACAUAUGCACGCCAGCGAUCGUUUCUGAGCAACAUCGAUAUUUCGGAAGACCUAAGGGAUAUUGAUAACCAGGCUGAUUUGCAUCAACCUAUAUGUGGUCCACUAGAACCGGCCAAUCCAACCUCAUCCAUCGAGAGUGACGAAGCCACCGGGCUUGGAUCAGUCAGAAGCAUCCACGAACUUCGACAAGCCGGGAAAAAUGUUCGAUUUCAAGGAGUUGUCGAUUCUAUAUUUGAAGAUGUUGAGGAUGCCGCUAAUUCAGUGUCUGCUCGACAAGAUGGCUUAAUCCAACUCUGUGAGAAGCUCUCCGACAUGCAAUUUGCACGGCGCUUUGUUGAAAGUGGAUGCUUCAGGCGCUUAGCGAGUUGCAUUACAGCUCAACUCGAUGCCAUUUCAUCAUAUCUCGCAAUCUGCGCAUAUGCUUUUAUCCUUUGUGUCGGUGCCGUACCUUCAAGUGUUACUAUGACUUUUUGGCCAAGGAUUUUGACCCUGAUACCAUCGUUGCUCGCGAUGGAUGAAGAUAUCUCAACGCUCGUGGCGCAGCGUCGAUAUAGUCUGUCUAAAGCGAGUCAAGCGGCUAUACGGGAUCUAUCCUCUCGCCUACGCGAGUCUACAGUUUUCACUCAUCAGUUGCCGUCAUGGCUUUCUCCACAACGAAUUCUACUUCGCUCUAUGCAGUUAACCGUACGGAAAUUUCGGGAAAGAGGAGAGACUGCAAACAUUCUUCCUUAUUUUGCUGUGCGUGAGCUGACACAGCUGCUUCUGAAACAUUCUAUGCAUAUCAGAGAUCUUGACUCUACACAAAAAGAUGUUCUGAUUUUGGAAUCAACUUUAUCAAUCCUUGAGGUGCACACGACUCUGUCUAGCUCUCUUGGAGAUGAUCAUCAUAAUGCUCUAAAACCACUUGCCCAAUCUAGUCACUUGCUUUUCACACUGGGCCUCUUGAAUAGGGGUCGUUCUAGUCAGCUCCUCAUUCUGCACCUCAGGCUUAUUUUGAACAUUACCAACAAUAACCCAUCACUUUGCGAGGACUUUGCCACUUCGGAAUUCAUUCAGGGCCUCGUCAAAAUAAUCCUAACACAUUUCAAAAUGGCAUCCGGAGAUCUCAUCGGCGAGAAUAAAGAUUCACUUGAUAUAGUAAUCCUGGCUCUUGGUGCCUUGAUCAAUCUGACGGAGGAGAGUGCGACAUCAAGAAGGAUUAUUUUUACUCUCGAGAUCGAUUCCAACUCAUUGCUCGAACACCUUCUCCAUUUAUUCUCCACGGGUUUGGACACCAUUUCCGAAGCUGAUUCUGUUGUCCAAACACAUUCUAACGUUGCUUUUGGAUAUCUGUCUGUCCUACUUUGUACUCUGUGCCUUGACAUGGAGGUCCGCUCUCGUCUCAAGAUUUCGCUGGGGGGCACGGGUCUAGCCCGGCUUCUCGCUACGGUGGAUGAAUUCCUGCACUAUCAUCGAAAAGUUGACGAGGAACUACAACAAUCUCAAGCAGAGAGUGGUCCUUUGAUAGAGUUUACCUCGAGACUUCAGGGAAUCUUGAAUCAAAUCCGAGCAAUCGAAGCGGGAGCUUAG